AUGCUAUUUAUAUAUGCUACAUUUAUAAUUGCGGUAUCGCUUGUAUAUGGACAAAAACCUUGUUGUGUACAAACGCAAUGGGAAGGUCAAUUAAGUAUGUCAACCGGGAUACAAGUAUCAGGAAUGGCUAUAGCUUCAUUUGCUUAUUACAAUUUUUCAUAUAAUUAUGAUAGUAAAUUGAUCGCACUUCGUGGUGUUACCAUCAAUACUGAUAAUGUUAAAACAAAUGUGCGAUUAAUACAAAAUUAUAAUGAAAAUAUUGAUUAUUAUAUUAAUUUGGACAAUAAUACUUGUUUAAAACAAAUGACAUCGAUAAAAUUAAUGCAAUGCAUUCCAGGUACGACUGUACUAUGUUUUGAAGAGAAAGAAAUGUUAACACAUUUAAGGCGACAGAGAAUGCCUUAUGUGUUUCAAUACAUUCAUCUAUCGCACUAA